AUGAAUUACAGCGGCAAUGACACCAGUGUGUUUAGAUGUGGUCGAAUAUUUUGUUGUUUUGGAAGCAAAGGAAAGCAGAUUGGUGUCUAUUUCGCUGGCAUUUUGUUUGCGCUGGGCUGGUGGGUAUUUAUCGACGGUUUAGCGGUUCUUUGGAAUCUACAGGACCGUAAGAUUGCACCGGGAAUAGAGGAUUGGGCGCCUGGUAUCAUCACAACCUUUGGCAUGAUCAUUGUCAAUUUGAUUGAUAAAGAGGCUCUGAGGGGAGGGCAAUUUGACGAGCAAUAUACCUGGAGAGCACGGUUAUUCUUAUUUUUGGGAUUUGCUUUCAUGGCAGGAGGCUUCUCUGGCUCCGUGGCUGUCUUGAUUACAAAAUACAUUUACAACGAGACUUUAGAUUUCGAUAAUAUUUAUUUGGGUAUAGCAGAUGUAGCUCAGAAUUCGUUGAUUAUGAUUAGUACCGGUAUAUUAUGGCUGGCACAGAGCUCGCAACAAGGCUCACAGUACUAUCAGAUCUACUAG